AUGGACUUGAAGACCUCCUGCAUUGUCAUCUUGCGCGCAGAACGUCCCGAUGAGAUAAUCCAGAAGACGAACCGGCCAUGCCUAUCAAGAUGGUUCACGACGUCCGUUGCGAGUUCCGUCGCCUGCGUCUGCGCGCGCGCGCCAGCUUGGAGCACCAAGAUCGAAGCGCGUCCGUUUUUGGCCCAGUCUCGCAGCAUACUUUCGAUACUUUUCGGUACUUCAAACAGACGCGAGAAAGGCCACUGUAGGUGUCCAGACAAUCGUUCCGUCGCAAGAUUCUGGACGCAUGGGACCAAGACCGUAAUCUCGUACCCUCAGCUCUACCACUGCCGGUCGGUCCUCUCUAAGUUUGCAACGAAAGAUCUUCAACUAUCCCAAAAGGUACAUGUCGAGGCUUUUCGAAAAUACUUCAAUGAAGAGCUUGCCGCUGGAUACGAAGAAGCAGAGAGUGUUUUUCGAGAGGGUUUCGUGACCAGAAAACACUUGGCAAAAUCGUUCCAACCGAACGAAGUUGUCGUUGGUUUGGCCGACCGCGAACCUGUGGCUUAUAUUAUAAUGGUUGCUGAAAUGUACGAACCCCCCUGCACUUGGUUCACUACUACGACAGGCUUACGUUGUUCUGGUACAUGUCCUGCAGGGCAACAACGUGGUGUGAACGGCCACUCACAAGGCUGUCAGGGGGGUCUGCACAUUUUUGCAAGCACCAAUACCACAUCAACCCCGAUCAUCAGCUCCGAUCAGAUGACACUAUCCUGCUGGUUGUAG